AUGUCGACGACAUCAUUACUCAACCCGCUCCGGCGGUCAGCAUACCUUGCGUCCGCAACGAUGAGAAACGGAGCAGUGGCAGCAGCAGAAGUAGCAUCGCCCUUGUGCACGCCCGUGUGCCAGCAGCAGCGUCGUGAUUUCAGCACCUCGCCCAGCCUGAGCAUCAAGACGAUCCGACCGGCUCGUCUGCCAAAGCGGGUGAUCCCGCCAUACCCGUACGGCGAGCGCCGCGUGUACAAGCAGUCGAACAAGGGCCUGUACGGGUCGGCGCGGAUCCAGUUCGGCAACAACGUGUCGGAGAAGCACCAGGUCAAGACUCAGCGCUUCUGGCGGCCCAACGUGCACGUGCGCGUCUACAUGUCCCCCUCUCUGGGGGCCAAGGUCAAGACCCGCCUGACGAUGCGCGUCCUCAAGACCAUAAAGCGUGAGGGCGGUCUGGAGAACUACCUGCUCAAGGACAAGCCCGCGCGCGUUAAGGAGCUGGGCCCCAGCGGCUGGAACCUCCGCUGCCUGCUCAUGCAGACCCGCGCCGUCCAGGAGCGCCUCAACCUGGAGAGGGUCGCCAUGGGCCUCAACCCACAACCCGUCCGCGACUACGAUGACAUCGUCUCCUACGCCCUCGACGCUGCCACUCCCGGCAAGCUCAGCCUCCGCAGCCGCGAGACCCUUGCCGACCUCGAGCUCGAGGACGUUUUCACAAUCGGUGACGACGCCGCCGCCGUCGGCGGCUUCACCGGCGGUGCCGUCGAGGAAAUCACCGACGAGAUGGAGGCCGAAUUUAUCCAGAAGAUGGAGGCUCAGGAGCAGCAGCAGCAGCAGCCCAAGGCUUAA